AUGCCUGGUCGAGGUAACGCAUAUAGGAGCUCCAUUGGUAAAAUUUGUAGGCUGAAAUAUGUUAGACGUUUCCCCGUUACGGUUAUUAAUCCUGAUGGCUCAACUGUAAAGAUGCGAGCUGCAGAACCGCGCUGUCUAGUUCAGCUUCCUGUUAAUUUGGACUUGCUAUCUGAGAGCGAACGUCGGUGGCGGCUUGCGUCUAGGAAAAAGAAGGUUGUCAAGAUGAAACAGGAUAUUAUCGAUGAUAAUUUCGACUAUAAUGAGUAUGCUGACUUUUGGAAGAAGUCAAAGUGGAGAAUGUCAUCUGUACCUAAUUAUUCUAUAAUAUUGCCUACAUAUAAUGAAAAGGAUAAUUUGCCGAUUUGCGUCUGGUUAAUCAUGAAGUACAUGAAUAAGACCAAUUGCAACUACGAGAUUAUUAUUGUUGAUGAUAACAGCCCGGAUGGAACCCUCGACGUUGCUAAAAAUCUACAAAAGGAGUAUGGAGCCGCUAAAAUAGUGCUAAAGUCUCGUCCUGGUAAACUUGGGUUAGGUACAGCUUAUAUUUAUGCCCUACAAUCAGCGCAGGGCGAGUUCAUCAUUCUUAUGGAUGCAGAUUUGUCUCAUCAUCCAAAAUUUAUUAUCGAAAUGAUAAAUUUGCAGAAGGAACAUAAUUUCGAUAUUGUAACGGGCACACGAUAUGCUUUAGGUGGCGGUGUUUCUGGUUGGGAUUUGAAAAGAAAAUUUAUUAGCAGAGGGGCAAAUUUUUUGGCCCAGUUCCUGUUGAAUCCUGGUGUAUCCGACCUCACUGGUUCAUUUCGUUUAUACAGAAAGAGUGUACUUUCACAACUGAUAUCAGAGUGUGUUUCCAAAGGAUAUGUUUUCCAAAUGGAAAUGAUGGUGAGAGCGAAUAAAAUGAAAUGUUCAGUUGGAGAAGUUCCAAUCACAUUUGUGGAUCGUUUCUAUGGUGAAUCUAAGCUGGGUAGCCAAGAAAUUGUUGAUUACUUGAAGGGGCUUUUUUAUCUGUUUGCUUUUGUUUAA